GAUUGUAACGAAUGCUAACGAAUCGUGGUUAUUUUAUACAUCAAGUAGAUUUAUUUAUUUUAAUAACUUGUAGUGUUAACGGAUAUUAAUAAUGUGACCCUAUUUCCUGUUUUAUGUAUACCCUUUUUUAAAUGAUUAAAUUGGUCUCGAGAAGAUUACAUGGCGUAUAAUGAAAAUUCCAGCUCCAGCAUGCAGGAUGACCAGUCGAAGGCGUCUCUGCAAAUGCAGAUAGAGCGCCUUCAAGUAUUGCGGGCGAAGCUUAACACUGUAGCAGAAGAGGAUUACGUCAUCGUCAAAGAAGAAGUACAACGUAGCGGCUAUGAGUCAGAGAGUAGCGAGUAUUCAGAGGACUCGGCGGCGGCCUACGAGGAUGUCACGACUACAACCAAAAGCUCUGGGCCGAGGAAGAAUAUCAACAGGGGGAGAUGGACGAAGGAGGAGGACAAAAGGCUCAAGAUGUACGUGAAGAUGUAUAACGAGAACUGGGAGCUGAUCGCGUCGCAGUUCUCAGACAGGUCCGACGUUCAGUGCCAGCAGCGCUGGACCAAGGUCGUCAACCCCGAGCUAGUCAAGGGACCGUGGACCAAGGAGGAAGAUGAAAAGGUCGUAGAAUUAGUCCAAAAAUAUGGUCCCAAGAAGUGGACAGUCAUCGCGCGACACCUCAAGGGCAGAAUAGGAAAACAAUGCCGAGAGCGAUGGCACAACCACUUGAACCCUUCUAUAAAGAAGACCGCGUGGACGGAGCACGAAGACCGCGUCAUAUACCAGGCGCACAAGCAGCUAGGGAACCAAUGGGCUAAGAUUGCCAAACUACUGCCGGGCAGAACGGACAAUGCAAUAAAGAACCACUGGAACUCGACGAUGCGGAGGAAGUUCGAGCCGGAGCUGCUGGACAGCUUCGAGAGCCUUCGCCGGCGGGGGCGGGUAAAGCGCGAUCCUAACCCAUACACUGACCAAAGUGAUACACUGCAGGCGGUGCAGGUCGCAUAUAACGAUGACUGGGACUCAUUCAACGACUCGAGCCAAAGCGGCUCAAGCCAGCCGGCUUCCAAGCAAGUGAUGCGGUUCCGACAGCUGUUGAAGGAUCAGCUCAGCAACAUCCAGCAACAGACGAUGGUGCGGGUCAAGUCGCCCGACCGCGGGAACCUCGUCGCGGCUGACGUGGAGAUCUGCGAAUCGCCGUUCAAAUUCAUAAACCUGGAAACGUUGCCCACGGAUUCUCCUCUCAAAAACUACCUUUCCAACGCAUCUGGUACUACUAACAAGGAUAACGUCGUAACAUACGCCGUGCAGCCGGACUCGACGCGGGAGAUUGUGGUGCCGUCGUCCGUGUACAUGAGCCCCAAGAAGUCCUCCGUCACCAGCAGCCCGCCGCCCAUCCUCCGCCGGAGGAACAAGAAGACCAACAUGAUCACGCCUAACCAUAACGCCUGGUCAGAGACCAUAAACAAAGCCAUGGAGACGACCGGAGCCACGCCAAUCAAGGCGCUGCCGUUCAGUCCGUCUCAGUUCCUCAACUCGCCCGCCGCGCUCUCUUUCCCUCCGUUUGAAGCCACGCCCUCCUCGCUCUCGCAGCAGCUGCAUACUAAGGAUUGGGGUCCACUGGCGAGUCCCCUGCUGCACACGCCCACGCCCGCGCUGGGCUGCAGCCCCAACCUCACGCCCAUCAACAGUCACAGCAAGCACAGGAGUAACACACCCAAAACUCCAACUCCCUUCAAAAUUGCAAUGGCGGAGAUUGGCAAGAAAUCUGGCAUUAACUACGAGCCGUCGAGUCCGGGCGUUCUCGUGAAGGACAUCACUGAGAUUAUCGAACGGGAGGAGUCCGACAGCACGGUGCAGCUCAACGACUCCAUGCUGUCGUCCACGGCUGAUCAAGACGGGACCGCUGUUCAGGUGAACGAUUCCGGCAUCGGCAGCCUGAAGCGGCGCGCGUCGGAGCAGGGCAAGGAGAACCAGCCGCGCGCGCUCACCGUGCCGGCGGGCUCGGGCUCGGGGGGCUCGGGGGGCGCGGGGGCGCAGCACAAGCGCGCGCGCAAGGCGCUCGCGCACGCGCACGCCUGGGGCGCCGCCACCUCCACGCCCACCACCGCCCGGGUGCCUGACGUCGCCUUCAUCGUCGAGACGCCGAGCAAAACGCUUGCCGGCGACAGUUCAGUGAUGUUCUCGCCGCCAUCCAUCGUCAAGAACUCGCUCGCCGAAGAAUCCACCAGCCUGCACAGUCUGAUGAGCGCCGAAAACACCCCCGAAACCCUCAAAUACGAGGAGCUUGAUAUAGAAACGGUCGAAAAAACAAAGGUCCGCCGCAUGUCCGGAGAGCCGGUGGUGGUGAAGAAGUCCGCCGUGCGCUCCAUCAAGUUCGAGAAGGAGCCCGAGGUCAAGGAGGAGCCCGUUGAGUUCAUACUGAACGACGGGUGGAAGACAUACGCUUGCGGCAAAACGCAUGACCAACUGGAACUGACCAAGCUAGCCCACCAGUACCUCAAGAAAACGGCCCUCAAGCCGCGAUCCCUCAAUUUUUGAUAACAUUUUAUGAGAACAGAAUCGUCACAAAUAUUUUUUUUACAUAGAGUUUUUUUCGUGUUGAUAUCGUUUUAUAAAUGGUGAAUGGAAUGUAUGUAAACAAGUAAACGUUCUACAAUCCACUUUCAUCCACCAUGCUAAUUAGGUAUCACUAAUAUUUUUCAAAGUUUUCGGGUAGGAUGACAGGUGUCAUUUCAAUUCAUCAGCUUCUUUUUAAAAUUAUGGCUUCAGUCCAGUGGGACUAUUUCGCCAGUAUCAAGGUAUUAAGAGCUAAAUACGACGAUUAAAAUUGUACGGUUAAUACAAGACACUUGUACGGUGAUUUUAUUAGCUCUUGUAAAGCGAUAGGUGGAUUUUACAAGUAGCACGUGGACUACCGGCCGUUGACACCAAAAUGGUGGUUAAACUCAUUUCAAUAAUAAUUCUCCAUUCCCUGCACACUACCACAUUAGUUUACUAUAUAAUAAGCUAUCGAUAUUACACUUUAAACAAUAUUAAUGAGCAAAAAACAAAGGAAUUAAUAACGAGGCGUGACUAUCAAGAUGGCGCUCGAACCGGAAGUCCAUUUCAAUUCAAUUUUGCGAGAUUUGACGUUUUUAGGUUAUAAAUUAUAUGGAAAUGACACCUGUCAACCUACCCAUCGAGUUUGAAAAAUACUAUACACGAUACUAUAUACAUUGAAUAGUGCUUGUGAUAAGUUGUCAAUAAUUUUUGUAUGAUUCUGCACUUAUUAUGUCAAAGGUUUAAAUCAAAGUUAAUGAUACCAUUUUGUAGUUAUGUAUUUUGGAAUAAUAGUCAAGAGUUCUUCCAUUUCCACAAAACUUAUAUUCAGGCUUACCAUCUUUGAUAGCUCCUAUCAUGUGAAUACAUCUGAUUAUAGUUAUUUUCUAGUAUUUAUAUAAUUUUAAGGUUCCUUUUUUUAGAUAUUUGUGUGUGAACACGUCAUUACGCUUUUAGAUUAUCGUGUUAGUUAAGUAUUUCUAUUACAUACUAUUAUGAUAACAAUAUCUUGAUUUCACUUGGAUUUAUAUUGGAAUUCUUUACAAUCAUACAGAAAUUUAAUGUUUAACUUGCGUGUUUGUGAACGACGUUCAAACGUCUAAAUAUCACUCUUGUACCUUUUCCGUAUAUGUUUAGGUGUUAUUGACACCAAAGUGCACUAAUUUGGAUUCCGUGCUUUAAUUUACGUUUUAUACAAUUCUGAAAUUUUCGUAUUUAGUGUUCGUAUAAGUAAGUUAAAAUUUCGGUCUAAUUUUUUUGUGGUGUCAUAUUUAAUUUAAGUAAUCUUGUGUAUCUGUCGCACUAAAUGUACCGUGAUUUAAGUGAAGCAAUAUUUAUGUUCGAUUUUAUUACGUUAAUUAUAAAAAGUAACUUUAUUUUAUGUUUUUCUUUGUAAUGUCUAUUAUUUUAGUUUCGAUUUUGUUUAGUAGCAGAAUAUAAGUUUAAUUCUUCAAAGAACAUAAUGUUAUUUUGCUUAUUUUGGUAUUUAAAAUUUACAGCGAAGGAAAGCUAUUUUAUUUUAUUUUUUAUUCAUUGACACCUAACUGGAGAUAUUGUUGAAUCGAAAAUUUCCUAUUCAAAUAAAAAAAAUAUGAUUUAUAUACUUGCAUGCAUCAUGUAAGUAAGUAAUAAACACUUUAUUGUACGAAACAAGGUUACAACAGAUCUGAUAUAUAAUUUGAUGUUACUAUGGGUGGUAUUCCACCUGUCCAAUUUCCGUUUCCAUUAAAAUCUUGGGUAGUUAUUCAACGAUUUUAGUAAUCACAUGUAUUUGAUCUAUUAAAAUACAACUACAUACACCACUUAUCAAAAUGUGUAAACGUGAAAUCACGCAAUGAAAUACUUAUGUACAAUAUUCGUAGUAUUUAUUUUCCUUGUGAUAUAAUGAUAAUAAAGUUAUGAUUGAUUAAAAAUGUGCAUUCGGAAAAUCAUGAGAAAUACAUAUUUUCAAAUAAAUUCUCCAGGGGCCCAUUUCUCGGACAGUAUUAGACUAAUAUUACUAGUCUACAAACUGUCAAUUCGUAUGGGUUUCCAUGACAAACUAAUUAUGUAUAAUAGCCUAAUAUGGUUUGAGAAAUGGGCCCCAGUAACAGUGACCUGGGGUCCAUUUCUCGACCGGUAUUAGACUAAUAUUAUUAGUCCACGAACUGUCAAAUCGUAUUAGUUACCAUGGCAACACACUAAUAAUAUUAGACUAAUACCAUUUGAGAAAUAGGGCCCAGGAAAAAAUGUAUCAGGAUGACAGAUGAUACGGAAAGUGAGGUGACUAUUUCCAAUAUUUCCAUACAUUAUCUAAAUUUACUUUGGCGUUUUCUAUCAACGUCAUAUUGGCUAGGCCCCCAGGAAGCAAAAUAAACCAAAAAAAAAAGUCUGCAGUGAUUUUGAUAGCAUACGCAGAGCAAGAGUUAUUUAUAGAGCAUUGACGUUUAAAAUAACACUUGCACUCCGUGGGCUAUCAAAAUCUCUGCAGACUUUUCUUGGUCUAACUCUAUGCAUGAUUUUUUUCGUGAGGUUUUUUAAUGUCUCACAUUAACUCUGCUUCGUCAUAGUGCGACAUCUGUACCUGUGACCAGUACCAGUACCUGGGCUAUAACCGCGAAAAUCGAAGUUCGCAAAUUGCGGGCAUUUUUCUCUGUCACUCUUAUUAGGCCUUCAUUGGAGUAAAAGAGAAAGAUCCCCGCAAUUUGCGAAUUUCGGUUUUCGCGGUAGCCGCUCUGUAUCAAAACUGACAUAACGCUUGUUCUAUGCAGCCAGCUUUACCUCAUUAAUGUCAUUAAUAUUAACAUGCACGGUCUCUAAAAUCGUUUUACCCUUGGCUUAAUACCUAGGUAACCUAACAGCCUAUUCUGAGCGCCGCAAGCAUAGUAAGAAACUGUUCUAGAGUUAAAAUUUCAAUAUAUUAUUUAUUAAAGCUAAGCUUAGGUGGGCAGAAUUUUUAGUACAGACACAAGGGAGGAGUGGCUUUUUAAAAUUGGCCAUUAAAUUUUUGAAUAUCUGCGAACGAAACACUUAUUUUUAAAGCGUUUUGAGUACAGCUCAUGUUUUAAAAAACAGCAGUUUAAAAAAAACAUUCCUCACAUGGUUCACCAAUCCGCCGCGUGCCGGUGUUUUAUUUGGAUGACUUUAUUUUAUAAUUUAAUUAUGUUUUAUUCUUUGACACUCCACGUGUGAAGGUAUCUAUUGUACAUAAUAUAGUUUAGAAAGGUUUGUAAGAAAUAAAGGGUUCGAGAAAAGAA